UUCCCGGGUUGGUCACAAGGGAGGAGAAGCUGGAUGUGGGGCGGGAGGAGUGCAAGGCUGCUUUCUCCACAGAGACGCAAACGAGGGCCGGGGAGGGGGUCUCUCCCCUCAGGACGGUUCCCUCGCAGCCGCUGCUUCUCUCCGCCUCCCUUAAGGGCGGUCUGAGGGGAGAGGGGUGUUAGAGGGGGACGCACAUCUCGCUCCCUUCUUGAGUUUUGGGGAGGAAAGGACUGUUGGUGACUGAGGCGAGGGGUGGGGGGCGCCACACAACAACCCUCACCCGGCUUUCUUCCGCUCAUGAGGCGGGUCGUUCCACAGGCGGGAUGAAAUGGUGUGUCGCUGCAGACGGGGGAGGGAAGCGGUUGCAAGCGCGUGCAAAGGGAAGAAGGUUCGAGCACGGGCUUCUUUGGUGAGUCUGUCAAAAGAAUCAAAGAGUUAGAACAGCUUCCUUGGAAGGAGAUGUUGAAAAAUUAUUUUUAAGAAAAUUUGAUCUGUUCACAGAAGCCAGAAGUGUCAAAGCAUCUGGAAGUCUUGGUAUAUAAGGUCCAAACUGCUUAAAAGCACAUACUGUGAAGAUAUCCAUUUGACAGCAUGGCAACCAAAACGGUGUCUUCAUCCCAUGAGUCUGUUGAACGGAGCCCAGUGAGUAGUUCUCCAGCGAGUGUUUCUCCAAGAAUAACCAUCAAAACCCCAUUAAAGAUCCUGGAUCCUGUUAGGUCAAAACUGACCACCGUUGAGACUAAGAGGAUCGUAUCUGUCUUGGAUGACACUAUUGUUAAGGUAGAGCUGGUCACUUUGUUCUCAUACAUUUUGCAGAACCCUGAACAAUUCAGCAUAGCGUUGGGACAAGAACUUUCAGGAGCUCUUAAAGAACAUCUGCGGCUUUCAAACAAUAUGGAAGCCUUGCUUGCCCGCCUCGAGAAAGAAGGGCUUCUGCUUAAGGGCAUCGCAAGAGGGAACCUGUUUGCUGCAGAGGAUGAAAGUGGCCAACUUCACCUGCAUGUCGAAGGCUUAAAAAGUUCAAUCCGAAAUACUUUGCGCUUGUUCUAUAUGAACCCCGUAGCUUGUCGGACUGUGAGAGAUGUUGCUUUUGCCAGAAGUCCAAGUGCUGACCUCUUGGUUAAAGGCCUGUUGGCACUUAGAAGGCUUCUGUUUGAGAUGCUUCUCACCACUCCACUGGAAGAAAAACAAAAAAUGAAGUUUAUGCAAGAAAUUGGCCUCCGAGACAGGAAAAAUAUGGAGACGAUUGCAGCUUUGGAGGAGGAACUUGCAUUGGCAAUUCAAAAUCGUGAUGAGGAGAUUUCUAGGAAGAAUGUCUUCAUCAAGGAUCUGAAAACCCACUUACACAAUCUAGCCAAGUUUUCUGAAAACCAAAUCCAGCGUACUAAAGCUGACGUGGAGAAGCAACAGAAGGGGGAACUGCGAGGCUCUCAGGCAAAGUGUGCCAAGAUGAUGCAGGAUAUACAGCUGUUAAGGGCCCAGCUCAACACCCUCAUUGUAGAAGACCGAGAGUCAGAGCUCAACCUUCGAAAGAAGAAAUACAAAGUGGAGAUAGAAAUAGAGAACUGGAUCCAGAAGUUCGACAUUGAGAUGAUAGAAAAACAGGAGGAGCUGGAGGAGAUCAAUGUGGUCUACACGGUGGAGAAGGCCCAGCUGGAAGAGCUGAGAGAUAAGUUUGCUAUACUCGAUGAAGAGUUCAGCCAGAUCCAGGAGGAGAGGCUGCGAAAGCAGGAACAGAGGGAGAAAGCUGAGAAAGAGCUGGCAAUUCUGUCCCGGGCUGCCACCCUCAUCCAGGCCUUGUGGAAGGGCUACCUGGUGAGGUCACUGCUCAAGACCAAGAGGAGGAGGAAGGGCAAAGGGAAAAAGGGCAGGAGAUAAAUGCUGACCCUUCCCUGGCUAUUCAAUACAGACAACUGUGCCAUAACUGGGUGGUUUUAAAUACAGAUUUUGAUCAGUGAGGUGAGGUUGUUCCUUAAUAAAUGUAGGCCAACCAUUCAGA